UGUGACGCGCAUGCGCGCUCCGCGUCGAGGCAAACGGACCGCUGGGGAGGCCGCGGAGGGGCAGGCAGCGGGGCCGAGCGCUUGUGCAUAAUAAGCCCAGGCCCGACGGUCCGCCGCUGCCGCCAUUAUGCUGUGGUUCCCUGGCACCAUCCCGGCCGCCAUUGCCGCCGCCAAACAGCGCAGCGCCGUCUUCGUGGUGUUUGUGAGAGGGGAUGAUGAACAGUCCAUAGAGAUGGCUGCCAGCUGGGAGAAUGAGAAAGUGACUGAAGCAGCAACAGAUGGCUUUGUAGCUAUUAAAAUAGAUACCGAAAGUGAAGCCUGCCUGCAGUUCUCCCAAAUCUAUCCUGUAGUGUGUGUUCCAUCCAGUUUCUUUAUAGGAGACAAUGGAGUCCCGUUGGAAGUGAUUGCUGGCAGCGUUUCUGCAGAGGAACUUGUUACAAGAAUUCAUAAAGUCAAGCAGAUGCACACGUUAAAAAAUGAAGCAAUUGAAAGUUCUGUGCCGUGUUCCUCAUCUUUAAAUGGCAUCACAGAGGACUCUCAGUCCCAAACAGCUGAGCUUGCUGAAUCACAGCCUGAAAGGCUAAGUGUAUCCUCAGCUGGUGAAGCAAAUUUGGACCAGACAAAUGUGGAAAGUGACGGAAGGGGGGAAUUGGAGACUACAGAUGACCUUACAGCCAAAGUAGAAAGAGUAACAAAGAAACUUGAAGAAAGAAGAGAAGAGAAAAAGAAAGAAGAAGAACAGAAGGAAAUUAAGAAAGAAGUAGAAAGAAGAAAAAGUGGGAAAGAUAUGUUGGAGUACAAAAGGAAACAAGAAGAAGAACUUACAAAGCGAAUAUUGGAAGAAAGGAACAGAGAAAAAGCUGAAGACAGAGCUGCUAGGGAGCGCAUCAGACAGCAGAUUCAAAUGGAUCGUGCUGAAAGAGCAGCUCGUUUUGCAAGGUCCAAGGAAGAAGCAGAAGCUGCAAAAGCUGCUGCUCUUCAAGCUAAGCAGGCUGAAUUGGAAGCCAGGAAGGAAGCAUCACAGAGGGAAAGAAGUGCUAUAGCAAGAAUUCAGUUUCGCCUUCCAGAUGGAUCCUCUUUUACCAAUAUUUUCCCUUCAGAUGCCCCUUUGGAAGAAGCCAGACAAUUUGCUGCACAGACAGUUGGCAACACAUAUGGCAAUUUCUCAUUGGCGACAAUGUUCCCCAGGAGGGAAUUUACCAAAGAUGAUUAUGGAAAAAAAUUAGUGGACCUGGAACUUGCCCCAAGUGCUUCAGUAGUAUUGUUGCCGGCAGGAAGGCCAGGAACAGCAGUUGUCCAGUCUUCCAGUGGAGAUUUUUGGAGAUUCCUGGGUACUAUCCUUUAUCCACUGAUAGCUGUUUGGCGAUUUAUUAGCAACUUCCUGUUUACGAAUCCUCCUCCUUCCCAGCCUACUGCAAGACCUCAUCAGCAGGAUCACUCAAACCCUUCAGAAUCAAACACUGCAGAAUCAAGCAGACAAGCAGUCAGGAAACGAGUAUUGGAAAAGCGGGGUGACGAAUUCAAAAAAGAAGGCAAAAUCUAUAGACUGAGAACUCAGGAUGAUGGAGAAGAUGAUAACAAUACUUGGAAUGGAAAUUCAACCCAACAGAUGUAGUUUUUAUGAGUAAACUGUGCAUAGUAAUCAUUGAUUUCCCCCUUUGAUUUAGUUUAAUCCUUCUGCUGCACAAGUGGGCUUGUAUGAGUAUGCUGCCUGCAUUAUGCCAUAUUCCUGUCAUAGCACAUGGAAUAAGGUGUUAAUUGUGUAGCUGGAUACUGCAACUGUAACUACUGCCAAAAGCUCAAAGAAUGUAAAAAAAUCCCCAUCUUCCAUCAGCUUUCAGAAUUUCAUACUUACUAGCACUGUUGUCAUCUGAAGGCACUUUUUAAUCUAUAUAAAUCUUGGAACAAAUCAGAAGUCCAGAUUAAAAUGAGAGUCUGACUAGCAGAAGCAUAAUACCUUGCAAAUUGGAUAACUUAUUUUUUCCCCUUUAGUGCUUCUGCAACUACAAGACUAUACUGGUAGUUUUUAAUCUCAGAGCAUUCAAUA